GAGGGUUCGCAGUAACAGACAGUAACGUUAGGAGAGUUAACCCAACUAACUACAGUUUAAAUGUGGAGAAACAGCUCAGAUUUAACCAGGAGACCCACAACUUUAAACAUUACCUCAGAUUUGUAUCAUUUUUACUGUCUUUAUUAAAGAAAACGUCGAAUAAACCCGCACAGAAUUUCUCCUGUUGAAGAAACGAAAGUGAUAGCAUUAGCCAGCAGCCCGUUUCUAUCAGAGCAACACAGGUUCAGCAGGUUAGCUUAGCUAACCAAACUAGCAAGAAAUAAUUAAAAAUAAACCAAAAUACCUUUUUUUUAAUAAUAGAAAUAGUCUAAAAUACAUAUAAACAUACCGGAAGAGCAAUUAGAAAAUAAGAUUAGAGGGUGAACUGUAGACGUGUGCAGGAAAAAAAACAUGGCGGACAUUGAAAUGGCGGACAUUGAAAAGUGUCAGGAUUCUGCGGAGGGCCGCCAGUCUUAUGUUGCAGAUUCCCAACAGCAGAGUGAGGACGUUAAUAUGGAUUGUGAAGAUUCCAUUACCUCUACUGGAGAUCCAAAUGCAGCUGCUGCUGUAAACACAGAUGUUAAUUCAGGGUUCCAGCCACAGCUAGCCGUCACAAUACAACCACAACCUUUUAUUAGUCAGCCCCUUCCCUCUGCAAAUACGACAAAUCAGCAGCCCAACUUAUACCCCUCUCUGGACCCGUUCCGCAAACCAAACUUCCAGCAGCCUCUCCCAGUGCCUUCAGACCCUACUGUUGGGACUCCGAAUCCUCUGCAGAACCUUCAGUCACAACCGAACAAUGGAGGUUCUUCAAUAGUGGAUCAGGUCCAGCACAAAUCCCAUGUCACUGCAACAAGUGAUUAUGGGAAAGUUCAGUCAGACACUGCAGAGGUGGACCUUUACAGAUCACAUGAUAGCGAGCCAGAAAGGGAUGGAGCUCCAAAAACACAUUUUCAUUCAGAACCCACACAGCACAAAUCCGUGGAUGUCCCUGUAACAAGUGAUAAUGGGAAUGUUCAGUCUCACACUCCAGAGGUGGACCUGUACCGAUCACUUGAUAACGAGCGAAAAAGUGAUGGAGCUCCAAAAACACAUUUUUAUCCAGAUCCCAAACAGGUGGACAUGUACAGAUCACUUAGUAAUGAGCAAAAAAGUGAUGGAGCUCCAAAAUUUUUUUAUCCAGACCCCACACAGUCACAGGACACAUCUAAACCAGGAGAAGCUGGAGCAACAGGUCGGACGAAGCCCUCGGCCCCUCCAGACACUGCAAAGCUGCAUAUUAACGUGGAGUGGAGCCCACCACCACCACAAGACAAGCGGAAAACACUUCUGCAGAAAGCUCUUCAGACAUGGUUUAGUACUAUACUGUUUGAGCGUGUGAAAGAGAAGUACACAAUUGAGAAGCUUCAACUUACAUCUGAUGGAAACCAUGCAGAGAUGGAAAUAACGCCAUCAAAAGCUUUAGAUGUUUUAAAGGAGAAAGCUGCAACCUUAACAUUAAAAAAUAACAGUGUUGCUGUGGUGCACUUUGUGGAGGAGGACAAACAACCUGCGACUACAAAACCUGUGACUACAAAACCUGUGACUACAAAACCUGCGGCUACAAAACCUGUGACUACAAAACCAGAAUCACUGAACCCAGAACUCCCAGUAGUACCCACACCAAAGGUGGGCAUGUUUGUCAGUGCAGUCAUCGAUUUAGACAAAUGGCCUCAGGAAGUUCAAACUGAGCUCCUGAAGAAGAUGGGAAAAUACAAGAAUGCAGAUAAACUGUCAUUCUCUGGAUCUUUAAUUGAAGUUGAGAGAUUCUACAGAGAGGUUUGUAAAAUUGUUGGAGGACCUGAAGCUGAGAUGGAUACUGAUGCAGUGAGAAAUGAUCCAAGUGUUGAGAUCCCUCAGAACUCAGGGCCCAGUGGAGCUCCACCUGCCUUUAUCACCCCCCUCCAUCAGUACUGGUACUUCAGCCACGCCUACAAAAAGGAGAUCAACCAAAUCCAGGACAAGUUUGGAGUUAAAAUAGAUGCUGAGGUUUCAGUUUCAGUUACUGCAAAGGAUCAGACCUCUGGGAAGACCUCUUUCUCAAAUUCUGUGAGAAAAGCCAGUGAUGAACUGACAGACCUCUACCAGACCAGUACAAUCAGUCUACAGUCUGUCCCCAUCCCUCAAACACAACUGGAUUCUGAUAUAGUAAAAAACGUGGUGCGUAAUAUUCAAUCAGACCAGGCUAAAAUGGUGUUAAUGAUGUCAGUAGAUGGAUGCAUGCUCUCCGGGCCAAAAAAUACCAUAUCAGGAGUUCAGAGUCGACUGAAUUCAGAGUCUGGUCAGGUGUUUGGAACAUCAGAUGGCAGUGGAUCAGCUAGUAAAAUGGAGCUUGACAGCAAUUAUACAUCAGGAAGCUCUACCUUGGAAAUGGACAUCAAAGACACUCCAGAUCCCAUCGUGAUGAGUGAUGCAUUCUGGCAGCUGAUGAAUAAAACUUCUCGUAAGCAGUUUGCCGAGAUUGAAAACAAAUAUGGCGUCCACAUUUUUAAUCAGCCUCUUCAAGAUCCCACCAAGGUAAAAGUGACGAUAAAAUCUAAAGAUAAUGUGCUUGUCAAUCUUGAAAGCCACGCCCACAGAGCCUUCAUCCAUCUCUACCAGAAGAUCUCAAUGUCUGCGAUCACCUGUCCACUCUCUGUUCCUUUGGAUGAAAAUAAUUUGAAGAAUGAGCUUGAUGGACACCACCUUGUUGGUGUAGAUGAGAAAAUCGGAAUCUGGAAACUCAUUGGACUGCCGAGGAAUCUCGCCCCAGCAAUAGCUGAUAUAGAGAAGGUGAUCGGAAAGCCUGUGUUUGAUGACAAGACAAAAAAAUUAAUCAACUACUCAGAAAAAUCUCAAAAAUUUAAAAGACACAACUGGAAGCAUCUGGAGGGAGCAAGUUCCUCUGCAAUUGGACCGGGGUCUUCUGUGGACCCAGAAGCCUCUACAAAGAAAGAAAAUGAAAAAAGUGAAGAUGACGACUGUCCAAUCUGCAUGGAUAAAUUUAUUAACAAAGUGAAACUGAAGUGUGGUCACGGCUUCUGCAGAGAAUGUCUGGGUUUGUCAGUAAACAGCAUGGGUGAAAUCUGUCCGGUGUGUAAGAAAAUCUACGGGAAAGUGAAAGGAAACCAGCCUGAAGGGACAAUGAAUAACAAAACUUACAGACAUGAUCUCCCAGGUUAUGAAGGCUGUGGCACCAUUGAGAUUUAUUACAACAUUCCAGGGGGAAAGCAAACGGAUGAGCACCCAAACCCUGGAAAAUAUUUCACCGGGACACAGCGCCAGGCUUUCCUGCCCAACAAUGCAGAAGGAAAAGAGGUUCUGCAUCUGCUUCAGAGAGCUUUUGAUCAGAGACUGAUCUUUACUGUUGGGAUGUCCAAUACCAGCGGAGCACAGAACACCGUCACCUGGAACGACAUUCACCAUAAGACCAGCAUGUAUGGAGGCCCACAAAAUUACGGCUACCCGGACCCAGACUACCUGAAGAGAGUGAAAGACGAGCUGAAGGCCAAAGGCAUCGAGUAAAGAGUCCAGUUUAGACUGACUGGGUUCAUCUGAAAAUCUGGAUCUCAGAGGCUCAUCACUGAUUGGGCUUUGAUCUCCUACAUGCGGUAGAUUCAGAGGAACUUCAGAAAUUCUCCAGUUCUGUGAUUAUUAUAAUUAUUCAGUGUAAUCAAUAAAAAGAUGACAGUAUGGGGUUUAAUUUUACAUCACUUUUAGGUAGGGAUGCACUAAAUAUUUGGGAACCGAAAAUGUAAUUGAUAAUAUUGUAUUUGGCCACAUAAGUAAAAAGGACCAAAUCAUUUAUAUUGAACCGUGACUAAAUAAUGUUAAGUCAUAUUUCAGCAUUUUGGUAGGAUGUUUGUACUCAACUGAACUCAGAAUUGAUGAACAAAACGCUUUUUUUAUUUUUUGAGCAAAAAUAGUUUCAGUGCAUCUCAAAUUUUAAGUGGAAUUUACUGUUUCGAUCAAUUUCUGUGCUUUUUUGUCCUUUAGAUCGCUUUAUUUCAACAUUCUGAAAAUCAGAAAAAAUAUUUAAACAGACAAAUCAGGUUUGGGUCUUAUAUCAUGAUUAUCGUACAUUUUAAACCGUUUAAAUUGAAUGGUUGUGGUGUUAAAUUUUAAUUCUUUGUUUAAUAUUAUAUGUACUCCUGUGCUUGUUUGU